ACAUAAAGCUGUGUUUAUGAAUAAUGUCGCGAGAUGAGAUGACCUACCGAAUCUCAGCUCAUUUCAGUACGCGAGUCCCGCCGCCAUCGCCGCCCGUGUCCGCCGUACGGCAGUCACUGGCCGCGGAUGUUAUCACACGCUGGUUCCAAUUUUGAAAUUUAAACUUCACAAUGGAAUUCGACGCCGACACACGAAAACUCUAAAAAAACAAAUGCAGGGGAAAAACUUAAAAGGCAAUAUUGGAAAUAAAUUAAAAAUUUUACAAUGUGAUGAUUUACUUUAAUUAUUGCAAAAUAAAUUAACAUAAUUGUUGUACAAUGGCAACAAUAAUCCGUGUUUUUUACGAAUUUUUAAUGAGGCGAAUUUUUUUGAUAUCAUGGAUCUCACUAGUCAUUUACGUGUUUUAUACCACUUUUACGUUUUACCAAACUAGUCGCCAGUUUUACUAUUUACGACAAAUAUUAGGGAUCGGUCUAUGUAUUUCCCGUGGGACUGCAACGGUUCUAAAUAUAUGUUGUGCACUCGUUUUACUUCCCUUGUGCAAGAAGCUCAACCAAGUUCUUUAUCGAAUUUUGUCGGAACUUUGGCCGGGACUUUUCUUUUUCUGGCUGGAAAAAGCGAAGAGUUUUCACAUGUCCGUUGCGAUAACCCUUGUUGUGUUUGCUGUCAUACAUUCCAUUUCCCACUUCGCGAACCUGUGGAGCUUCUCGCGGAACUACGACCGGAGACGGAAGGAAAUUAACUUCGCGAGCUACAAGAAUGAGAACCCCCUUUUCCUGCUAAUGAGCCCAGCAGGCCUAACUGGUGCGGCCAUGCUGGCCAUUACCGUCUCCAUGGGUCUGACGUCGCUACGAGUGGUACGAAGGCGCCUCUACAACUGGUUUUGGUAUACGCACCAGCUCUACUUGCCAUUUAUGGCUCUGCUGAUAGUUCAUCCGCUAAGCGGCGUGCUGAAAAGGGAGUUGCUACCAGAAGAAAGACUGAAUUAUGACUAUGAAACUAAUAAUACGCAUAACUCCUCCGGGGAUUCUCCUGUUUUCGUUCCUAUACAAUCAAAGACUUGGAUUUGGAUGGCCUUUCCUCUUUCGUGUUUUUUCCUUGAUCACCUGUGGCGGGUUUUGUCCAGAAACCGAGCGAGAGUGGACAUUAUACAGGUAACGCACAUGGCAGGGCGCACGCUCAGCCUGACCCUGCGUUACGAGGAUUUUAGCUGCCGCGCGGGUCAGUACGUCCUGCUGCAGUGUCCGGACAUCUCCCGCCUCGAGUGGCACCCGUUUACUGUUGUUAAAGUUCCUACAUCUAGUCAAAGAAAUUUUAUUGUUUGGAUAAGAGUGAAGGGCGAUUGGACUGAGGCGCUAGAGAGGCUACUGUUGCAGAACGGACCAAAUCUCAGUAUCCUAGUGGACGGCCCGUUCUCGUCGCCGAUGCAAGCGGCCCGGAGCCGGCGCGUGGCGGUGUGCGUGGCGGCGGGCGUCGGCGUCACUCCCUUCGUGUCGCUGUUGCAUCACAUGCUGCUGAACCCAACAAGUCGCUUACCCGGACGAAUUCACUUAAUAUGGAUAGUCCGACACGAAAAAGAACUGACAUGGCUGACAGAGCUCGCCACCAAAACCCUCACAGAACUCAGAAAUGCCAACAAACCUGACCGGCUGCACCUACAACUCUACGUUACGAAUACAGUCCAAAAUGCACCAAGACUUCAUACUAACAAAGAUCAAAUUGCAACACACGUUGUACUCCUCGACGAAAAAAGCUCUCUAACUGGAGUAGUUACUGAUGAUAAAGCGACUCUUCUCACACCCAAUAUAAAGAGAAGAGAUUAUUUACAUAAUGAUACGAAAGACGGAGUGAGUGAAGAUUUUAGUAUAGCAAAAGAGUUUCCCCAUUUGGCGUGCAGGGUGAGGAAAGGCAGGCCACAUUGGGAUCAACUGUUUGAUUCCUGGGUGCAUCUAUAUCCAGAGGAUCACCUAAACUUAUAUUGCUGCGGACCAAAGAAAUUAGUAAAAUUGUUAAGAAACAAAUGUAAACAGAUCUCAAGAGGCAAAACAAAAUUUACAUUCAUACACGAAGGAUUCUCUUGAUAAGUACCUAAUGCUUACAUUUGUAUUGAAAUGCUAUUAAAAUUGUUUAAUGAAA